AUGCGCAAGGCCCUACUGGAGCGCCAGCCUUCACGCAACCUGCGCGACCGUCCGACAGCCGAUGCCAUUGGCGAGCACCUCGACCGGUGGUUCCCUGACCACGACCUUGACAAGCCGAUCAUCCAGGCAGUUAGCGAGGUGCGGGGGGCAGCGCUAGGGCGGCGUAAGAGCGUGCGGAUGCUGGUGCAGGAGACGCGGCAGAGGCGGCGCAAGUCGAAUCUGUCGACUGAGCUGGCCGAGCACCCGCUGCCACUGUCGCAUAAAAGCUCGCUGCUGUCAGUGUAUUCUCUGCCACAGGCUAUUGUCAGGCGCAAGUCGACAAAAAUGUGGGGGUGCAUUCCAGAGGAGGUCCGCCCCCGACGGCACCGGGCCAGGCAGAUCGCCGGUUGCGGGCUGCCGCUGACGCAGAUCAAGAUCCAGUGGAUCAAGGGCCAGCUGAUCGGAAAGGGCUCGUUCGGGCACGUCUACGUGGCUAUCAAUGCUGCGACCGGCGAGGUCAUAGCUGUGAAGCAGAUUGCGCUGCCCAAGUUCCUGUCGCCAAUGUCCGAUGAGUCGGCUGCGGGCGCGAUUCGCAUGAUGCACACGGAGGUGGAGUUGCUGAAGGACCUGGACCACGAGAAUAUCGUGCAGCUCCUGGGGUUCGAGAUCACAGGUGGGCUGAUGAGCAUGUUCCUCGAGUACGUGCCCGGCGGCACGGUGCACUCGCUGGUGCAGCAGCACGGGCCGCUGCCCGAGCCCGUGGUCCACUCGUUCCUGAGGCAGAUUGUGGCCGGGCUGCAGUACUUGCAUGACCGCGGCAUCCUGCAUCGGGACAUCAAGGGGCCCAAUAUUCUGGUAGACGAGACGGGCACCUGCAAGAUUUCGGACUUUGGCAUCUCGCGACGCGUGGACUACGACCCAGUGAGGCAGCAGGCAGCGGACGACAAGAAGAAGCAGCAGAAGAACCUGCGGGCAGUGGGCACGGUGCCGUUUAUGGCGCCCGAGGUGGCUCGCAAGCACGUGUAUUCGGCUGGGGCAGAUAUCUGGGCGCUCGGCUGCGUGACGCUGCAGAUGUGGUCGGGGCAGCAGGCGUGGGCUGGGUACCAGGAGCCUCAGAUCUUCUUCAAGCUGGCCAAUGGGCUGGCGCCGCCGUUCCCCGAUGAUCUGACCGAGGCGGGGUUGGAGUUUUGCAAGCGGUGCUUUGUCAGCACGCCCGAUAAGCGCGCGGCAGCCGCGGAGCUUGCGGACAUGGAGUUUGCGCAGGUGCCGAAUGACUAUGUGUAUCCGUACACGAGCUAA